UGGCGCGGAGGAGCCACAAUUUCGCAAGUAGAUAUUGCCACAUGCUGCCGCGCGUCAGGACCAUGCAGAGUUCCAGGCUGCUGAGCGGUGCGCUCCUCUGCGCGCUGCUGCUGCUCUCCAGCGCCUUUGGAGUCGAAGUGAUGGACACCGAGUCCGAGGAGGAGCUGAGCCCCAGAGCGCUGCGGGACUUUUACCCCAAAGGUCCGAACCUGACCAGCGAGAAGCAACUGCUUGGAGCCCUACAAGAAGUUCUUGAAAAACUGCAGACUAAGCGACUGCCUUUGUGGGAAAAGAAAUUUGGACAAGUCCCAACGUGUGAUGUCGGGGAGCAGUGUGCCGUGAGAAAGGGAGCACGGAUCGGUAAGAUGUGCGACUGUCCCCGGGGAGCGUUCUGCAACUUUUUCCUGCUGAAGUGCUUAUGAGCCUCGUCAGAUCUGAAUGGAAACAGAAGAAAAAGAAAAGUACUGCCACUCGGUUACUUUGUUAUUAUUGUCAUAUUUUUGUAUGAUGCAGCAGAGCUGAGCGUGUCCCUCCCUUACAAAAUAAGGAGUAUUUCUAUGAUGUACAUAUUUAUAUCACAGAAAAACUACAUGUCUGUAAGGAUAUUGUGAUGUCGGACAUGAUGUCAUGAGGAAUCACAUUUAUUGUAAAUAUUCAGAACCACUUUGUGUGUAUAUAAUACACCAACAGGAUCAAUGUUGUGAUAUAAGAAAUAAUAAACUCACAUGAGGACCACAUGCACACCAAAGUCUUAAAGUGCAACCUUGUUAUGGAUUAAUAUGAAAUCUGUCAUAUAAACCUGCACUAUUUUGUUUCACAUGAUGUUUUGUCUGUGACUCAUAGCAACAACAUCAAUAAACUGUGGAUCAAAUUGUUUUUGUAAA